UGGUCCUCCUUUAAAUACUAUUGCUGCAAAUUCAGAUCUAGGGUUACCUACUCCUUUGAAUACCACUCAAGAAGAGGAUUCACCCAUAGAUUGGACUUCCUCUUCAGAGGAAGAAGAAUCUGUUGUUGUUGCUGAUGAUGUAGUAGACAUUGCUGCUGAUUCUCAACAAGUAGAACCAGCUGGAGAAGAAGAAGAAAUAUGGUUACCUACUCCUUUGAAUACCACUCAAGAAGAGGAUUCACCCAUAGAUUGGACUUCCUUUUCAGGGGAAGAAGAAUCUGCUGCUGCUGCUGAUUCUCAACAAGUAGAACCAGCUGGAGAAGAAGAAUAAAUAGCAUCUGGUGAUGAAUCCGGAGGUCAUUUGAUUGUGGAAGUGAUGUCCAUGAAGAGUUAAGGGUUGUUAAAGAAGAUCUAAAGAAAUAUAGACAAAAGAAUAGGAGAAAACUUAGGAAGGAAAAACCUGAUGGAUCUUUAGGUGAAGUUGGAGUUGAUGAAGGUUAUGAAAACAUAGAUCAACCCCAAAAAAAUAUGAGUGACAAAUUAGGAGGUGAUGAUGAGCCUUACUAUGAUAGUUCAGAUCCAUAUAGUUUUGAAUCUGAAUCAGAUCUGGAAGAGGAGGGUGAUCCUGUAUCUGAUGAUGAUGUAGAUGAUAUGGGACAUUUAAGGGGAAGGAAAAAAACAAAUAGAGUGUCUUAUAAUCCUUCUGCCAAAAUUGUUACUUGGCAAUUAGGGAUGGUAUUUGAGAAUGUGAAGGAAUUUAGAGAAGUAGUUACCAAGUAUGCUAUAAAGAAAGGUAUUCAGCUAGUUAAGGAUCCCAAUGAGCCCCAUAGAGUCAGAGUUAAAUGCAAAACUGAUUGUCCUUGGUUGUUGUAUGCUAGCAGGGAAGGUAGGAGUACGAACUUCACAAUCAAGACUUACAAUCCAAGACACAAAUGUCAUAAAACCACUUACAACUAUCUGUGUAAUUCAAAAUAUGUGGCAAAGCAGUUCAAAGAUAGAAUUACCUCACAACCUAGAAUUAAAGGUUGGGAAAUUCAGGAUAUGGUGAGAAAAAAGCUUGGUUUUUAUGUUGGUAAGGUUGUUUGUUUGAAGGCCAAAAAGAUUGUGUUGAAAGAGAUUAUAGGGGAUCAUGUUGCUGAGUUUGGUAGGAUUCUGAACUAUAGGGAUAUGCUACUCAAAACAAAUCCUGGUAGCACAUGUGCAGUAAAAUUGACAGACACAGAUGAUGGGAAGAAGUAGUUUGCCAAUUUCUACAUUUGUUUUGCAGCGAUGAAACAUGGGUUUAUGGAGGAUUGUAGGAGAUGUAUAGGGUUAGAUGGAUGUUUUUUAAAGGGUGUUUGUAAAGGGCAACUGUUGGCAGCAGUAGCAAAGGAUGUGAAUAACGAAAUGUUCCCAAUAGCUUGGGUUGUUGUAGGCACUGGAAAAAAAAAGCAAACAUGGAAUUGGUUCCUCAGGCUAUUGCAAACUGAUUUGAACUUGGGAGAUGACAGGGAACUCACCAUGAUAAGUGACAUGCAAAAGCUGUUGAAGAGAUUUUACCUGAAUGUGAGCACAGAAUGUGUGCUAGACACAUUCUGGCAAACUGGGCUAUAAAAUGGAGAGG